AUGUUUUUACUCCGAUACAUCGAACACAUCGAUAUUUCAAAAAACGAUGUAUCGAUACAUCGAACAUCGAUGUUCAAAAAUUUUUGCCCAUCCCUAGUUUAUGAUGGUGUUUCUCGUUGGAAGGAUGUAAACCAUAUGUUAACGUUCCAUGAAACUUCAUCUAUACACAUAGCUGCAUCAACCGAUGCAACUAUACAUGAGAAAUGUUCCCCAAUAUUACCAGCGUUUGAAGAAAUAAAGAAAUUUGAUGUUCAAAAUAACAGAGUAGUUGUCAAACAACUGAUAAUUAUUGCACUAUUUUUAGGAAAACAUGGACUUGCGUUUAGAGUCCAUAAAGAAAAGUGGACAGAUUCUGUCCGUGGAAAUUUUAAAGAUCUAGUUGUUUUAUUAGCUGAAUAUUCACCUGUAUUGUCGUCAUAUAUUACUCUUUUAAAAGAUAAAGGAAAAUCUAUUACAUCAUUAAUAUCAUGGCAACGACAAAAUCAGUUAAUUGAUGCUAUUUCAAAUUCAAUUAAGAAUUCGAUUUUACAAGAAGUUGAAAUUGCUUGUAUUUUCAGCAUAUCUAUUGAUACAACAUUUGACAUAUCUAGACAAGAACAGGUGUCUUUCAUAGUUCGUUAUGUUGAUGAAAGCAAUGGUAUGAUCUAUGAACGUUUACUUGCAAUGUGUUCUACUGCAUCUACUAAAAGUGAAACACUAUUUAAUAUCUUCAAAGAAGUUUUUAAUAAAACUUGCCUUGAUUGGAAAAAACACCUAAUAGGACAGUCGUAUGAUGGUGCAACUAAUAUGAGGGGUGAGUAUAAUGGCUUACAAUUUAAAAUUAAAAAUGAAAAUCCACACGCUAUUUAUAUUUGGUGUUGGGCUCAUCGUCUGAAUUUGGUUGUGGAACAAGGUGUUGCAAGUUGCCUUCAAGCAGUUGAUUUCUUUGGAAUUUUGGGAAAAGUCUUUGACUUUAUAUGUAGCAGUAAAAAUCGUGUUUUUAUUUUUGAAAAAAAUCAAAAAAUUCGUAAUCCUAAAUUACCAGUUCGUCGUUUGAAACGUGUAACUACUACUAGAUGGAGUAGCCACUCUAUAGCUUUAGGUACAAUUUUACUGACUUGGGAAUCUUUAGUUGAUACACUGGAAGAUCUCUGGACAUCAGAAGCUUCAUCAGAUGCAUCAUCAUUUCUUUCAUAUUUCCAAUCUGAACGAUUUCUGUAUACAUGUUUUUAUUUAAACAUGUUUUUUCUGUACUUGAUUCAUUGA